GUGAAAAGAAAAGUUCCUGCAUUUUAAUCAUCGGAGCAAACGCUGAAUCCAACUGCACAACUCGACGAGAUCGGACAGAAAUAAUUGCGGAUAAAAUUCACAUCCCAUAUCGUUUGCAACAUCUUUCAUCUCUGGGUAUAUGGUUUGAAUUUGAUCAAAGAGUGUACACCGCAUGUAUAUAUCAUACCAGCAGGUACUUACCACGCGCACGCACAUGCACACGCGCGUGUACGUGUACAUGUUCUAUAUAUUGUAAAAAGGAAGAUGUUGAAGAUGACGUAGAAAUAGCGAGUAUAGGAUGAAGCCAAAAAUAACCAAGGGGCCAAAAGAUUCACUCUGGGACGGGCGGCCAACCGGCCCGGACGAAACGCGCUGGUACAGCGCUAAGUUUUGGUGGUGUAAAAGUGCGAUCAUUGGGGCCCUACCUGAAGGGCCCCCAAUAAAAGGAGGCCGCCGAAAGGCGGAUAAAAUAUACGAAGCAUGGAGCAGUUCGAGCAGCUGCUUACGUGCGCAAUUUGCCUGGAUCGCUAUAGAAAUCCUAAGCUCCUGCCAUGCCAGCACAGUUUUUGUAUGGAACCGUGCAUGGAUGGUCUUGUCGACUACGUUAGACGGCAAGUGAAAUGUCCGGAGUGCAGAGCGGAGCAUCGGAUCCCCUACCAGGGGGUGCAAGCAUUUCCCACGAACGUGACUCUCCAAAGAUUUUUGGAACUGCACAUAGAGAUAACGGGAGAACUUCCGGAUCCUACCAGUGGACAGACUAUGGAACGAUGCGGUGUCUGUUCGGAGAAAAGUUAUUGCUCUCACUGCGUUCACUGCGACAAAAAAUGCUGUUCCGAAUGCAAGGACGCUCAUAUGGACAUCUUGAGGCGUGAAAUAACGCGCAUCAAUUCUCAGGUAAGAAGGGGACUGCAUCGGCUUCAGGAUGCGCUCGCCCUCGUUGAGAAAAAUACUUUAGGCCUUCAGACAAACUGCACGUCAGUUUCCGAGGAGAUCGACGAGUUUUAUCGUCGACUAACUAAAGCGCUCAAGGACCGUACUGAAUAUUUACGAAACGAGGUUGACCGUUAUCUGGGUACAGAGCUCAGGGGACUCGUCCACCUUAAGGAGAACCUGGAACUAGAAAUAGCUAAUAUACAAAGCAACUGUGACCUAGCCGAAGCGCACAUCAACGAAAACGUCCCUUGGGACGACGCGGAACUCCUCGACGCCAAGGAAUUAUUUCUACGCACCGUUGAGUUUAUCAGGAACUUCGAAUACGAAGCCGGUGAUUACAGCCGAAGAGUACGCUUCAUGCUACCCCACGAACCCAACCAGAUGGUUCUCCAUCUUGCUGGUUACGGCGAACUAAACAUCAAGCCUGAAACCGGUAGCGGUAAUAUGAUCGGCGGUACCGGGGGCCUCGCGCCUCCCGGAGGACCUCAAGGACUCAUGAGAAGCAAAAGCGAUCAUCGUCUCGCGUCGCAGUAUCGCCAACAAGAAGAUGAACGCGCAGCCAGGAACCGAUACGUUCCAGAUUACGAGUACGACACGCCGGAGUACGAGGCGCCCAGGAACAAAUCCCGCUACAGGAGUCGUUUUAUGCGACAACGCGACGGCGAGGAUUCCGACGGCGAUUCCAGGGCUGUGAGAUUUACGGGAGCGCAGCAAGAUGCUACAACGGGACCGACUAUACCCAGGGAAAAGGUUUUGGACACCGAGGACGCGGGAAAGGGUCCGCUUUCCGGUAUAUUCAGACUUACGGACUCCCCUCGCGUUAUGCUGAAACUACAAGAAUGCGAACGUGUGGGGAAAAAGAAGAAGGAGGAAGUCCACAACCCUCCGCAACCGCAGGCGCCCAAACCUCAGGUCCAAGUGAGAAAAGCUCCCGCUGCCGCCGCCAGACAGGUCAGCGAGGACGACGAGAUAUCGCGGAUUAAGAAGCAAAAUAAAAACGCUCCGUCUUCGUCGGAAACGGCAACACCCGAAGAUUCUCAUCCUCCACUUUCUACCCCUACCUCAACUCCGGCUCAUCAUCAACGGGAUCUACAAGCCGCGGAACGCGAACCAGAAGACCCUCCCAGGCGCCCCUCGGUGGCGAGGAGAACCUCGACGCAGGACUCGCAUCCUCUGGCGGCUAGAAGCGCGUCUUCCGAUUCCAGUACCGGAUCCGAAAGUUCUACAGGCUCCGGAAUUCGAAGCACCGGCGCACCUUUCACAGCCGAAGAGAUGAAACAGAAAUUUUUAUCACGCGCCCCCGCAACCGGGACAACGACUACCGUGUCCGCUGCUCAAAAUGCGGGGGGGAAUACCGGAAGAGAUCCGGUACCACCGCCCCAGACUACAACGACGACGACACCACAGAGACCGUUUCAAAGUCGUUUUUUAGGCGGAGGUAAUCGCGCCGCCCCCACCCCUCCGCCCGCGAGGGAGGAAUCGGUCAAAAAAGAAGCGCCCGCCGCCCCUGCUACCGUCGACGAAGAUGAGACCAGCACCUCUUCGGAGGAAACAGAUUCCGAGACCGAAGAAGAAUCUGAAACGGAAAACGUAUCGACGCCGACUCAAAGCUCCGCUCCUUCAACUCCGAACAAACCUGCCGGCGAAUCUGCCAUGGCUCGAACCGACAUCGGGCCACUUUUGGCACGAAGUGCGGAGGCGAGACGCGGCAGCAAAGAGGACUCACCUUCAACCAGGUACUCGUCUUCAAGGGGAAGUCCGGCGCAAUCUUCCGCAGCGAGUACAACGAUGCCGACCUCCACGCCGACAUCGAACGCGACCUCAGCUGGCGGAUACACCAGCAGGUUCCUCAACAAGAGCAGAAGUCAGGCGGCUGUGGCGGCAUCCCGUGAACCGGAUCCGGAGCCCGAGCCCCUCUCGACCAUGUCGCGUUACGCGGCCCUUAAGGAACGUCGUCAACGCCUGGCGCGCUCCAGAAGUUCCCAUAAUUUCGGGGGCGAGGACCUGGACAUCGACGACGACCCGCCAUCUCCCACAACGCAAUCGCCAAACGCCUAUCUCGCGGCUAAGUACGGGGUCGGUAGCGAAUUGGCGAGAAGUCGCAGCACCCACGCGCUCAAAUCAAGGGAACCGAGCCCCGACAGGGACCACAGGGAACGCGACAGGGACAGGGACAGGGACAGAGGCGCUACUGAGAAGGACGGCGCUGCCCUCAGCUCUUGGGCACGCUAUCUCAAGAACAAAUACGGGAAUCGUACCACCAAGGACAAGGAACCACCUUCCGCCAGCUCUGCUACGGCUGCCUCAUCGAGCGCGAGCGCUGCCUCGAGAAGGCUUUCGUUAGGACUACCAUUGAGACACACCGGUCAAACAUCAUUCGAAUCUUCUGAUGACGACCAAAAAAACCCGUCAGGCUCCCCCACAUCCCCUACAGCAGCUCCCGCUAUUCACGCGGCAGCAGGUUCCUCCACUAGGGGCCAAUACCUGCUGAAGCGGCGUCAGCUGUUUAAAUUUGGGAUGCGGGGGAGCGAAGCCGGAUGCUUUACCUGGCCGCGAGGCCUGGCGGUCGGUCCCGACAAUUCCAUCGUCGUAGCCGACAGUUCGAAUCAUCGAAUCCAAGUGUUUGACGGUAACGGUAACUUCGUCAAAGAAUUUGGAACGUACGGAAGUGGAGAAGGAGAGUUUGAUUGUCUAGCUGGAGUUGCAGUGAAUAGAAUCGGUCAAUUUAUAAUAGCGGAUCGUUACAACCACCGUAUCCAGGUUCUGGAUCCAUCGGGUCGAUUUCUUCGGGCUUUUGGCUCGCAAGGAAGCGCGGACGGUAGGCUGAAUUACCCUUGGGGAAUAACAACCGACGCUUUAGGUUUCAUUUACGUCUGCGAUAAGGAAAACCAUCGUGUGCAGGUGUUCCAAUCCGACGGUACAUUUGUUGGUAAAUUUGGAUCCUGCGGUAGUGGAAGAGGCCAAUUGGAACACCCUCAUUACAUAGCAGUUAGCAACACAAACAGGGUAAUAGUAAGCGAUGGGAACAACCACCGCGUUCAAAUAUUCGACGUAAACGGUCGUGUACUGACCUCGUUUGGUUCCGAAGGAUCCGAAGACGGUCAAUUUAAAUUCCCGCGUGGUGUUGCCGUAGACGAUCAAGGUUUCAUAGUGGUUGCCGAUUCCGGUAAUAACAGGAUACAAAUAUUCACCCCCGAAGGUGUUUUCCUCAGAGCAUUUGGCGGGUGGGGAAGCGGAGACGGUGAAUUUAGAGGACUCGAAGGCGUCGCUGUUACAUCAGCCGGAAACAUUGUAGUUUGCGAUCGAGAAAAUCACCGCGUUCAGGUCUUUUGAAAUUUAGGGGUGAAUUAUUGUAUUAGAAAAUAUAGUAUAUAAUUACAUAUUAUACCUAUUAUAUAUAUGUACCGAUUGAUAUUUUCCAGCGCUUGCAGAUAUUACAAAAACAAGAAACGAAAGAAAAAUUAAUGCUUUCUUGGUUUCGUCGGUUUUUAUUUAAUUGGAAUUAUUAAUAUGUAAUACUAUACCUAUCGUAACUAUAGAUAGAUUUUCUUACGAAACGAAAACCAAAAAAAAACAAAUACUACAAAGUAAUAUAAUAAUAACGAUAAUUUAUUAACCAUAAAAAGUGACCCUGGCGCGAUAUUCAAUUAAUAUUGCAUUAAAAAUUUUCUAAUUAAUAUAAUUCGAAGCGAAAUCAUGAUGAAUCAUGUCACCGUUUCUACACUAAAUUUGCUGUGAAUAAACGACUGUCAUGAAUUUAUUCGUUACAAAUGAGGAGUAUGCAUAUUUUUUGAAAUGUUGAACAAAUAUAAAAAAUGCUAAAAAUGAGAUCUGAAAUUACGAUACGAAUGAGAAAUUUAAAAAAAAAAAAAUCAUCCGUACCUGUAAUCAUGUAACGAUACUUAUUUGCUUCCUUCUACUGCUGAAAUAUGAAGGUUGAUCAGAAGCAAAUGAAAAAAAAAGAGUGAAAAAAGCGAAAAAAUUUUCUAAUAGGUACCCUAAAUAAAAUAACUCGAGACGUCCAUUUCCCCUCCCCCCCCCCCCCCCUCCCCUACCCACCUGAACAAAGAAUUGAAUCAAUAAUAAUCUUAAUCUAUAAUUUGUACUCAAAAUGAACCACUGUUUGUACUGUUUGUAUAAUAUGCUUUGAAUAAAUUGUUAUGGGGAA